ACUUAAAUAAUAAUAAUAAAAGAGUACAUCGAAGUAUCUGUGUUCUCUAUCCUUCUGACUAACAUUCAUGUUGUUUGUAUUCAGCAAAGGGCCGUGCAGGAUUUGUGCGUCGCGCUCCGGUUAGUUAUUGCAGUGACUGUCUCUUUAGUCCCACAUCGAGUAAUUAUGCUUCAUACAGUCUGUUUAUAUAACAGAGAUGGAACAAACUGGUUGUCCCUUCGGGGACAUCCGAUAAAAUUGGAACGAUACAGAGAAGAUUAGCAUGGCCCCUGCGCAAGGAUGACACGCACAAAUCGAGAAAUGGUCCAAAUUUUUUUUCCAUUUCCAAUUUCUCCGAUUAUAGCAGUUAGCACUUCCAUUUCCCUGCUUCUUCCUAUGUUUAUGGCCUCUGUUUUAUGCUUUGCAUAGUUUACACCCGUUUGCAAAUUGCAACCCCCACACUCCAUAGAGCAAAUUCUGAAUGAUAAGAACAAACUCAUUGCGACAUUUUCACAAACAUCUCGCGAGCCAAACCCUGGUGCUGGUAAUCAAAGACCUCCCAUUCGAUGCUCACUCACCCCCACCCUCACCCCCUCCAUGGACAAACGACGCCGUCACGGAGGUCCUCCGCCUCAUCUCCCGCUACACCCUCCAAUCUCCUCGCUCCAUCGGCCGCCAGCACACCUUCCGCCACCGCACCCCUCUCCGGCAGCGCAACCUCAACCUCGAGCACCACAAGCUGCGCAGCAACACCCUCCUCCUGGGCCCCGCGGCCCAUCUCGACCCCCGCAAGGCCCACCACCUGGGCCCACUCAAAGCCCUCGAGUUCUUCCGCUGGGUCGAGGCCCGCUUCAACUUCCCCCACUCCGAACCCACCUGCCGCGAACUCGCCUGCCUCCUCGGCCGCGCCAACGCCCUCAAACCCCUAUGGCACUUCCUCAAACACUCCCCUCACGUGACCACUGCCACUGUCACGUGCCUCAUCAAACUCCUCGGCGAACAAGCUCUCGCCGACGAAGCACUUCUCACCUUCCACCGAAUGAAGCAGUUCCGCUGCAAACCCGACACUCACUCCUACAAUACCCUAAUCCACGCGCUCUGCCGUGUCGGGAAGUUCACCAAAGCUCGCUCCCUUCUCCAGCAAAUGGAGCUCCCCGGUUUCCGGUGCCCGCCGGACACCUUCACCUACACCAUACUCAUAAGCUCCUACUGCCGCCAUGGAAUUCUCACCGGCUGCCGGAAGGCCAGGCGAAGGCGAAUUUACGAGGCCGGGCGUCUCUUCCGGUUAAUGCUCUUCAGAAAAUUGGUUCCUGAUGUUGUCACUUACAAUGCCCUGAUUGAUGGGUGCUGUAAGACUUUGCGCGUGGAGAGGGCACUGGAGCUGUUUGAUGACAUGAAAAGAAGGGGCCUUGUGCCGAACCGUGUUACUUAUGGUUGCUUCAUUAGGUACUAUUGUGUUGUUAAUGAGAUUGAUAAGGGUGUUGAGAUGUUGAGGGAGAUGCAGAGGCUGGGGCACGGGGUUCCCGGUUCGAGUUCUUAUACGCCCAUCAUUCACGCGCUUUGUGAAGCUGGGAGGGUUGUUGAGGCUUGGUGGUUUCUUGUUGAGUUGGUUGAGGGAGGGUCUGUGCCAAGAGAAUAUACUUAUGGGUUGGUUUGUGACAGGCUUCAUGCGGCGGGGGAGGGUGGGUUGUUGGAGGAUCAUGAUGGGGUGCACAAGAGAAUUAAGGAUGGGAUAUGGAAUAGGUACAGGCAAAUGAUGAAGGUGAAACCUGUUAUGGCUCGCAAGGGCUAUCCCGAGAUGGAUGAACCAGUUUGAGUUUGAGUGCAUAAAUCAAAUGUUGAGUUGGAUUUGAAUUUCUGCUAGUGAAGUCAAUCAGGAGUGUGGUUUUCUUCAAAUGAUUAUUAUUGAGCUAGGGGGGUGGGGGGGGGUCUUGAUUCUUCAGAUGCAGGUAUUCCACAUUACGCUGUACUGCUGUUUUGCUUCCAAAACAUGUUGCCUAGAUAUGUGGACUGGUUUUGUAUAGUUACUCCAAGGAAGUAACAUGAUAAUGAUUUAGAAUAUCAAUAAUCUUUCCUUUCCUUUGCACUGAAGGAAUAACACCAUGCUUAAGACUGUUAAGGUGUUGGUUGCAGUAGUAUAUCUGUGUAAAUCAUUGCUAUGCUUGCAGCAGUUUCUGCUUUACCUUUUUUCAGUUGCUGAAUUUACCUGAUGUUUUUAACUGACUGCCCCUAAUGGGAAGGGAAAAGGGGUUUGUUUGUUGUUAAUGUUGAAUAUUGAAACUAGUCCUACCCAUCUUAAGAAAUAUAAAUUACAGAAUUACAGGAUUAUUCGAACAUAAGAAGCCAUCAUACUAACAGGUGGUAGUAUCUUGCAUUAACACUACAUUAUUUUUUUUUUACGCAUAAUAAUUGUACUGAUAGUAUAAACUCGGUUCUUCCUUUUCCUUCGCUGAUAAACCUUGUGAAAUGGCACUACUCUAGAAACCAAAUUUGGUUGAUCAGAAACCAUGACUUAUGGCUUAUGUUAUGGAGAUGAUGACAAAUUUGAAGUGCCGUAAACUUAUGUGCUCAAGUUGACAUCACAUGGUUUGAUGCAGGACUGAGGUAAAAAAGAACUCCAAAUGUGGAUAGUGACAGUGGGGCAGCUGGAGGCCAAUCAUAUGUUGUCCCUAGGGUUAUGGGAAAAACAAGAUUAUUGUACCCUUAACUUAAUAUACCACUUCUGGAAAAUUAACGAUGAGAUCUGACAUUUACGUGUUUGGCAUAGUGUUAUUGGAGCUAAUUACUGGACAUAGAGCAUGUGAUGAUACCCAUGGCCCUGAAAAGCAUCUUGAUGAUUGGGCAUUUCCAAUGUUUAGAGACAGAAGGAAUUUUCAUGAUUGGCAGAUCCACAGUUGCAACGUCACCACCCGGGAUCUGGUCUAAAGAUAUAUAGCCUUUGGAUUUGCAUCCGUGUAUUUCGAGAAAAGCCACAUCUCCAUCUUGGUGCUAACACACUAGCUCUAGAUUAAUUGCCAUCCGAGCAGCAUGCCCCUAAAGUAUCCACUAUCCACGAGGAAGCAAAUAGGUUGAGAAAUUGAACUUUUAACUCUCUUGUAACUACAUGCUCCAGAGUAUCAAAGACAAUGUGUUGUAACCACAUGCUUCAACAAUACAAGGGAGAAAGGAUAUCCCUUAAUGCAGAUAAGAAGUGGCUGGUAUCGAAAUAGGAACAGUGAAGACACUCCAGAAGAUAAUGUGUUGAAGAUUUUAAUGUAGCUAAAUAGAAUUGGUUGGCCAACAUUUUUUGUAAAGUGCAGUUUAAGCACGGGUAAAGUAUAUGGACAUAUAAAACACGGUGAUGAACUAAACCAAUGGGGGUCGCAUUUCUACACUCUAAUUCUAAUGCUAAUAAAUCAAGCAUCACCUAUUACAAUUUCCAACAGGUUCUGAACUAAAGAAUAUGAAGUUAUCCUAAAUUUCCUA